AAAUUUUCAUCUCUUGUUGAUGCUGCAUGGUUGUUGUUUUACAAAAAUAUUAAAAUAAAUAAAUAUUUGCUGAUAUAACCAAAAGUUCAGACGUGAUAAUGGCGGAUCCUAGUAAAGGUCGUGGCCGGGGCUUGGCCUUGCUCCAAGCCCUAAAGAAAUCACAAAUGAUAGACUCCCCACCUCCAUCUGAAGAAGUAUCACCUAUUCAGACACCUGCCGGUCCCAGCACUGCGCCUAGUGAGGUCAGUGCUCCUGCAGUUGGUGGGAGAGGACGUAUCGCAGCCAUGAUGCUGGCAAAGAUGCAGCAAAAACCUGGGGCUCCUACAUUCAGUCCAGCAUCAGAUGUGAGUCCGUCCUCCAAUACAUCGGCUGCCAAAGGCGCUGGGCGUGGUAUUAAGCUCCUACAAACUCUGCAAGCAGCAAAAGCUGCGCAGGCAGCUGUAGGGCAAGGAGAUGAUGUUCAGCAACUGACAACAAAAAUGGCGGAGAGUAGCAUGUCUAUAGUGACGGCAACAACUCAGUCAUCGUCUGUCGCCAAAAACAAAUAUUUCAGAGAAGUAAAAGAUUCAGCGCCAGUAGUCAUGAAGGGUUCGUCUGGUACGCCAUGCGAAGUGACCGCCAACUUUAUCUACUUGAACUGUGAAGAAAACAACGUGUUUGAGUAUGAAGUUAGGUAUGAGCCGGAUCAAGACUAUAGAACUUUGCGGUUCAAGCUAUUGAAUGAACACAAUAAAUACUUCAAGGAAAAGACAUUUGAUGGGACCACUUUGUAUGUCCCACACCGCUUGCCUGACGAGGCCAUGAACUUGGUGUCAACAAACCCAUAUGACAGUAGCAAAGUUAGAAUAUCAAUCAUAUUCCGUCGCACGCGCCGCCUCAGCGAGAUGGUUCACAUCUACAACGUGCUGUUCAAGCACAUAAUGAAGGAUCUGCAGCUGGUGCGCUUCGGCCGGCAGUACUUCAACGAGCACGCCGCCAUACAGAUACCGCAGCACAAGCUGGAAGUGUGGCCGGGCUACGUGACCGCAGUCGACGAGUACGAAGGCGGUCUCAUGCUGACCUUGGACUCGACUCAUCGGGUCCUCCGCACCCAAAGCGUGCUAUCCUUCAUCAAGGAGAUGGUUCAGGCCCAAGGCGCCAAUUGGAAACGGGCUAUGAACGAAACGCUCGUCGGCUGUUCUGUCAUGACGACGUAUAACAAGAGACUGUUCCGGUAA